CUCCACCGUUCGGUCCGCGCACUCGUCCGGGGGUGGCGGCAAGUCCUGCCGGAGUCAGUGCCCGCGCGUCUUUCGCGAUCAACGGACCGCGCGUACCAAAAACUCCAAGGUCUAUAAAUAUAUAGUGUUAGAAUGGACAAUACGUGUAUGAAUAUAUGCAAUACGAGCAAGUGAUACGGAUUACGAUAACAAUGUUCUCUAUGCGAGCUUUCUGGGAAAUAUACGAACGAGGAAACGUUAUUCUCCAGUGAAAAUUGAGUGAAAUUAAGUUUCCUUUUUAUCCAACUUUAAUCUUUCGUUCGUCGAAGUGUUUUCUCUAUAUAUAAUGCGGACCACAGACGAUCGAUCGUCUUUGAAUGCGCUAUGUGAAUGACGACUAGGCCUAGUGAUUUUGAAACAAAAAUUUGUGUCAAUUUUUCAAAUGCUCGAUGAUAAUUAUGUUAAGAAGAGGACAAGUUGUUGAAAAAGUGUUUAGAACUAAACAACUUCGUACGAAAGAGUGAGUGUUUUUAAUAAAAUUGAUCAAACGUACUAACGAACGAUUUGUUAUUAUACGUUGUUUAUCAUUUUUGUGAUUUAUAAUAUUUUCAAUUUAAAUAGACACUUGUUAAAAAAAAAAAAAAAAACAAAUAUAUACUUCUGGACAACGUAUAAAGUGACCAUAAUCAAAGAGUUCCUUUUUAGACGUGAUGAAAAUGAGACGUUCGCUGAAAGAAAUCGCACAAGACUUGAUGCAAGAUGGAAGACCACGAGGUCCGGAAGAAUAUAAGCGUAAUUCGAUGGAUCUUCGUUAGCUACGUGUAAUUUACUGUGAAAGUGUUAACAUAGACCGUGUUGUAUCGCGUGCAUACGUUCGUAUGAUCUGUUGAAUUUUUUUUUUUUCUUUUUACUCUCAUAUUCUACGAACGUGUGUCGAGCAAGAACGAUGCUGUAACCGUGCAGCUGCGAAUGCGAGCUUACGUUCGGACAUGAUGGCACUGUUGUUCGCAGUAAUCGUCAUCCUAGUCACCACUGCCAUGUCGUUACCACCUGUCAUCAGAAUCGGUGCUAUCUUUACGGAGGAUCAGAAGGAUAGUCCCUCGGAACUAGCUUUUAAAUAUGCAAUUUAUAAGAUCAAUAAGGAUAAGACACUUUUGCCAAAUACAACGUUGGUCUACGAUAUUCAAUACGUGCCUAAGGAUGACUCUUUUCGGACGUCGAAAAAAGCGUGUAAGCAGUUAUCGAGGUCCGUUCAAGGUAUUUUUGGACCUUCGGAUCCUCUUUUAGGAGCUCACAUUCAAAGUAUAUGCGAAGCUUUGGACGUACCUCAUCUCGAAGCAAGGGUCGACUUUGAGCCAACGUUCAAGGAAUUUAGCAUAAAUCUCUACCCGGCUCAAGACCACCUCAACAAAGCCUUUAAGGACCUCAUGUCCUUUCUGAAUUGGACUAGAGUAGCCAUCAUUUACGAAGAGGAUUACGGUUUAUUCAAACUACAGGAUCUUGUUAAAUCACCGCCAUCAACGAGAACGGAAAUGUAUAUACGUCAAGCAGGUCCUGGAUCUUACAGACAAGUUUUACAAGAAGUCAGACAUAAGGAAAUUUUCAAAUUAAUCGUCGACACCGAUCCAGCGCACAUGCAACAAUUUUUUCGUGCCAUAUUGCAGCUGCAAAUGAAUGACUACAGAUACCACUACAUGUUCACAACGUUCGAUAUCGAAACGUUCGAUUUAGAAGAUUUCAAGUACAACAGCGUCAACAUGACGGCCUUCCGCUUGGUUGAUCUCGAGGAAGCCAAGGUCGCUGAAACGCUUCGACAGAUGGAACGUUUCCAACCGAUUGGCCAUGCGAUUCUAAAUAAAACCGGUGUUAUCCAGGCAGAACCAGCUUUAGUGUACGACAGCGUACAAGUUUUUGCCCAUGGAUUGGCAGCACUGGAUAGAAGCCACGAUUUAAGACCAGCUAAUUUGUCUUGCGAAAAGGAAGAACCCUGGGACGACGGUCUAUCCCUUUACAACUACAUCAAUUCCGCAGGUUUACAUGGGUUAACCGGACGUAUAGAGUUCAACGAAGGCAAGAGAAAUAAUUUCAAAUUGGAUCUACUAAAAUUAAAGAAGGAAGAUCUUGUGAAAGUAGGAGAAUGGAAGCCUGGAAGCGGCGUUAAUAUCACGGAUGUGGGUGCUUUUUACGAAACGACAGCGACGAAUAUCACCCUGGUCGUAAUGACAAGAGAAGAAAGACCAUACGUAAUGGUAAAAGAGGAUAAAAAUUUAACUGGAAAUGCAAGAUUCGAAGGGUUUUGUAUCGAUUUACUCAAAUGGAUUGCUGGUCAAGUUGGUUUUCAGUAUGUUAUUCGUCUAGUACCUGACCAUAUGUACGGAGUUUAUAAUCCUGAAACCAAAGAGUGGAAUGGCAUUGUACGCGAGCUUAUGGAAAAGAGAGCAGAUCUUGCAGUAGCUUCUAUGACGAUCAAUUAUGCCAGAGAAAGCGUGAUAGACUUCACGAAGCCUUUCAUGAAUCUUGGUAUUGGAAUCUUAUUUAAGGUACCCUCCAGUCAGCCAACACGACUGUUCUCCUUCAUGAAUCCAUUGGCUGUGGAAAUUUGGCUGUACGUAUUGGCUGCGUACAUGCUAGUUAGCUUCACAUUAUUCGUGAUGGCAAGAUUCAGUCCUUAUGAAUGGAACAAUCCGCAUCCCUGUUUAGCGGAUAGCGAUGUCGUCGAAAACCAGUUUAGCGUUAGCAACAGCUUCUGGUUCAUCACUGGUACUUUCCUCAGGCAGGGCAGCGGACUCAACCCCAAGGCAACCAGUACGAGAAUAGUCGGUGGAAUAUGGUGGUUUUUUACCCUUAUAAUAAUCUCCUCGUAUACGGCGAAUCUCGCAGCCUUUUUAACGGUUGAAAGGAUGAUAACGCCGAUAGAAAAUGCAGCAGAUUUGGCGGAACAAACCGAAAUAUCUUACGGCACAUUGGAAGGUGGCAGUACAAUGACAUUCUUUAGGGAUUCAAAAAUUGGAACUUAUCAAAAAAUGUGGAGAUUCAUGGAUUCAAAAACUCCCUCAGUUUUUGUAAAAACAUACGAGGAAGGAGUUAAGAGGGUACUGGAAGGUGAUUACGCAUUUCUCAUGGAAUCUACGAUGCUUGAUUAUGCAGUCCAGAGAGAUUGCAACCUAACACAAAUCGGAGGUUUAUUGGAUAGCAAGGGAUACGGAAUUGCAACGCCAAAAGGCUCACCCUGGAGGGAUAAAAUAUCUCUGGCCAUUCUCGAGCUACAGGAGAAAGGUGUAAUACAGAUCCUCUACGAUAAGUGGUGGAAGAAUACGGGAGACGUGUGUAACAGAGACGAAAAGAAUAAGGAGAGUAAAGCUAAUGCUCUUGGGGUCGAAAAUAUCGGUGGUGUUUUCGUCGUGUUACUUUGCGGUCUUGCUUUAGCGAUCCUAGUGGCUAUCCUCGAGUUCUGUUGGAAUUCCAAGAAAAACGUUCAUUCCGACAGGUCACUGUGUGCCGAAAUGUUCUCGGAAUUACGAUUCGCCGUUCGUUGCGGAUCUCGGCAGAGACCAGCUUCUAAAUCACGGAAUUCCUCGGUCUCAGUAUCCUGCGGCAGAUGCAGUCCUCGUUCCACAAGAAGAAGAACGAGAUAUUAUUCAAACGGACACGAAGAAACAACCUACGUACCUAGCUUGGAUAUACCUAGGUUAAAUGCAGGAGGGUGGUGCAUUGCCGAUGACGGAGAUGAAGAAAUCAUUGAGCUUCGAUCAAGUGGGGGCGGCCCGUGGAGGGAACACCUAGCACAGGCCUCAUCCUCAUCCUCAUCCUCAGCAGCAGCAGCAAUUGCAACAACAACAGCAGCCGCAACAGCAGCCACCACAGCCAGCGUGCAAAGUCACACCUACGCACACUCGUCACACACACUGCCACUCUCAUUCACACAAUCACAGCCACAGUCACAGUCACAGUCACACGCACAAGCACCAGGCAGCCCCAUUGAAAUCGAGACGGGGUUCUUCAGGCAUCGUCUUGGGUCAAGGUUAGAUGCGUUCGAUGUCGAUGACGAAGACUCGUUUCUCAGAGGUGACCACCCUGAGAGCAUUCUCUGGAGAUUCGAUUGUGAUCUAGGGGGUGAGCCAGAUGUGGUAAUCUCUCCGCCACCCCCGCCACCACCGCCACCCUCUGCAGCGGUUUCGAGGACCACGACCCUUUGACCGAUACUAGAAGAGGUACCUACAGGUGUGCCCGUCCAGAAUGAGCUGCCAACUCAGGCCUCCGUCGUGAUCAACGUGAUCGACCAGAAGGAGACGUGUUUAUAGCACACAUAGUCGGCGGAACCGUACGAUCUAACGAUAUCCGCCGAAUAAAUAUGCGCCGAAACUAAGGAAGAACGAAUUAUUAUUCCUUUGGAGGAUUAAUCGAACCUGCUGUUGAUAACUGCCGCUGCAACUGCCGCUGCAAUUUGCGUUGCAACUUGCGCCGCUAUUUUUGCCGCUGCUGACGUUACGUCAAUAGUAACGCGUUCCCGAAAUCCUUUAUCGCCGAUAAUGAUACAGAUAUUCGUCAUCAAACGAUUUAUUUUUUUUUUCUUUUCCUUUAUUAUAGAAAUGUUGAAUGUUAUUUUCUUUUCUUUCAUCGAACGUGUAAUAAAAUUACACGACGAAGAAGUCAAUUAAAAUGGUAAAUGUCUAAACUCGAAUUAAAAAAAUAAAAAACGCGACGAAUACCUGUGUCCAGUCGUUGAUAAGGAGGAUAAAAAUAUACAAGAAAAAAAGGGAAAGACGUUCGAGAAUAUAAAAGUCAAACACAUAUCGAUUGAAAAAAUCCAUGAUUUACUUUUUAUUUUUCGAUAACGUUCGAUAAGGCGAACCGAUCAUUAAAUCUAUUGAUUGAUAUUCAUAUAGGAAAAUGAACAAGAUUAUUUAUUAAUUUUACAUUGU